AUGCCAGUGCCAAUGAGGACAAAUUUCCAAAAGGCCGAGGCAAAGUACAACGUUACCACUGAGUUCCCCAGUCUUGGGUUGCAUUCAGCGGCUGCCACCGGAGAUGUUGGCCUCGUCGAGUAUGCCUUGAACAAUGGUCAGCCCAUCAACUCCGUUCUCGAUGGUGUCCUGCCCCUCCAUGCUGCCUGCGCCGGGGGGAACGUGCAAGUUGUCAAGUCUCUCAUUGAUCAUGGGGCUGAUGUCAAUGCGCCUCGAUUGCCUCGAAAGUAUUCCAACGACAAGAACCGCGACGCAUCUGCUCCCAUCGUUGGCACUUCUGGAUCCACCCCUCUCCACUUUGCCGCCGCUAAUGGCAACACCGAUGUCAUCUCCCUCCUUCUGCUGCAUGGUGCACACCCAGACCGCCCUGACAAGCAUGGUGUCACACCAGAAACUCUUGCUCAGCAAAACGGUUGGGUGGAAUGCGCAAAGGUCUUGCGAGAAUGGACUGCAAAUAAAGACCGAGAUCUUAUUGAAAGAGAGGGCUCUCGUGGAAGUUCAAUUCCAAACUACCCAGAGUCCUCUUCCAGCACCCCGCGCAGGCGUUUGCACGUGAAGCAGUCAAUUGAUACGGCCUUGAAUAUGCUUAAGGCCCCGGAUGCCGCAUCCAGAGCAACACAAUCGAUGCAUGCCACAACACCCCCUGCAUCUCCACGUAAGCCCUUUGGGGAGUACACUUUUUAUCCCUCUAGCAAUUCAUCAGUUGAACCAGGAUCACGCCGCCCAUCGCUGCCACAUGUUCUGCAACCUCCAACUGAAGAAUUUACAAGAAACCGUAGACCGUCAUUUAAUUCGACGUCUCAGGAUAUUCAACGUCGACCAAGCUCUGCGGGGCACGAUGCCGAUCGCAGUCAGGAGCCAGAACAGAUGUAUCCUGUUUAUGGUAGAGGUGGUUCGGGGCGCAGAUUAGGUAGCAAAUAUUCCUUGCUAAACCUUUUUAAGAAAGGCCAGUCGCAGUCUAGUGACGGAAUGGAUGCACCACCGGCUUUACCAGCGAGCUCAUCGGACUCAGGUUCGUAUUGGGAUCACUCUAGUUCAGCCUCGGGGAAACAUAUUGGAUCAUCAUCUAACCCCUUUUCAGGUAAUUUGUCGGGACCAACGCCGAGUCCUGAUGCAUUUGAGCAAACCUCAUCUACCACACCUGGUUCUGUUUCUCGUCUUGUUUCUAGAGUUCACAGAGGUAGUGAUGCUUCAACGAAGGGGAGCCGUCUUGGCCCUCAGAAUCAUUCUCUUCCUCGAAAGCCAUCAGGUAACUUGCAGACGACCCAAUCACCUUCUCGGGGCAAUGUACCAUUAGCAGUUGAACUUCAUAUGGCACUUGCCCAUCAACAGUUGCAAAAUAGAGGACAAUCCAACACACCAUCAACUGACGACGCCGACAAGGUCAAGCCUUCGAGUCCAUUGGCAAAGAUGUCUCUUCGUCUGCCUGCUCAUAAUCGAAAUCGAUCAGCCUCUUCUGGGAGCAUGCCCAUUGAUUCCAGUGGUUCUCAGGAAGCUGCUGUGUGCGCGUCGACGUCCCAUGAGAAUGAUAGUGGAAAGCCGAGUCCAAGCCCAAGACCAGGUAUUCUCAGAGCUCACAACCGCAUCCCGUCCAGUGGUCCAGGGGGGUCUCCUGUUAAUUCCAGGACUCUCAGGUUCGAUUCGUCUUCCAGCAAUCCAAUCGUAGACAGAAGGGCGAAGGAUAGUCCACGGUCCUCUUCACUGCCAUUGCGAUCCUUUAACAGCACUGGAUCACUUACCAAGCUACAUGUUCAAACACAUGAUCACGAAAGCAUGGGUGACCGUUACAACGAUGAUCAUCAAGAUACUCACCGUGUUGCUGGUGCAAAAGACCUCGAAGAUGGUGACGGUGAUGAGGAUCAAGACGAAAACUAUGGGCAACCGAUUACUGAUGGUCCUCUCGUGGGUAGCCCAAAUCUUCCUUCUGUUCUGUUGCAACGCCAACGAGGCCGGUCAUUUACUUCCUCUUCUGAAUCAUCGUUAUCACCUAUCUUGACCAACGAGAACGUGAACGCAACUGAUCCAUCCGUAUCCAUCCUCAAUGCUGACUUCCCAUUCAGUAUCAAUCGUCCUCCCUCACUAUUGGCCGAAGAUCCUUCAGAAAAUUUCUCUUACAACGCCGAGCAUCUACAUGUUCCUCAGCUUUCUGACAGUCGGAACAGAGGUGACUCCUUGAGCAGCAACAGCACUUCCGACAGCCGUGGUAAUAUGAUGAGCUCCAGCAGCACCAGUGGGAGUGGACCAAGUGUAGGUGUUGCGAGUCCUGGAGCCUAUGACAACUCGGCUUUACCUUCUGAAUCCUACGAAGCGUAUGGGGAAAAACACGGCAUUCAAGGGUCACCAGCUGUUCCAAUUAACAUCCCGGGCUUGAAUGAGAGGCGCGCACAUAGCCCCUUGGAUAUCGACAUCACUUCCAUAUCAUCACACGCGCAAGCAGAAGCAUUAGUAGAACGCGCACGGCAGGAGGUUCUGGAUAUCGCGAAUUCUCAGGAUGCAUCUUCUCCUCUCACUGGCGGCAUCGGUCGAACACCCUUGAGUGCCAGGUUGGCUGCAUACGGAGAAAGCCUUGCUUUGGAAAGGAAGCUCCGAGAACAAAAGGAAGGGGAAGGCAAUAAACAGGAUGGUGCCCGUAUUCCUCUACAGCCGACCAAUGGCCUUCCUUCCGCUGAACAGAGCAUUCAAACACGUACCUCGAGCUCUAAAGGACGAGAGGGUGUGGAAAGACAGCUGAGCCUUGAAGCCAAGCCGAGUUCGCCACGUCCCAAGAGGCGGCCAAAGGAACCUCGCAGACCGUCAACUGCGGAAGGCCUCUCUUCCAAUAAUCAGGACGCUUUCUUCUCAGAGCGUGCCUUUUCGCACCAUCCAUCACAUUCUACUUCCACAUCCAUUCCAAACUAUUCCAUACCCCCACUAACUCAGGGACCUAACCGCAAUCAAUCUCAAUCGUUGGGAAAUAUUAAUGUACCAUUAAAGAACGGUAUAGGCGAAUCCUCUUUGGUAGCGUCUCCGGCGGCUCUCGCUGCCCCGAGUCGUGCUAGCUCCAUCGAUGAAGCAGAUACAGAAACGGAUUCUAUUCCCACUUUGCACCGCGUCACUCCAUCAACUAUUCCGAGCACACGUUCAAAGAGCUCGAAAAAGUUGGCGAAGAUGGGCAUUCCUGUGACUGAGCAAGCCGCUGCUGCAAGCCGUGCCACACCACCGUCUGCUGGCACCCUACCGAAUUCGAAACGUUUUGGCAUCAAAUCCAUUAUGCAAACCCUCAAAGGCAGACCUUGA